AUGAAGCAUCUAGCUGCCUGGUAUCAAAAGAAAAUAAGCUCUUAUGAUAAAGAAGAAUGGGAAACUAUGGUUGAACAGUUACUUAUGCGAGGCACUUAUCGUCGUCGAAUUGUUGAUUUUUCCUCACAUCCCAGAUCAUAUCUAAUAGAUGUUGAUUUAGUCAGAGGAUCAUCAUUCCCCAAAGCAAAACCCACGCUUGGAAUGCGUCGCGUGGUUUGGUAUGCCCUAGUACGUCUAGUUUUUCUACCAGCGCUAUACCAGUGGUGGGCUCAACAAACAUCAGCAACUUGUGCAAAUUUCCUUCUUGCUUUGUGGAUCUUACAAGUCAUUAAUAUUUCCAUUAAUUUUAUCGCUCCUACAUCUAUUGAGAUCGACGCAAACUGUUGGAUUGUGCCGCUUGGACUAAUGCUUGUACUGAGUGUAGUGCACUCACAAAUAGUCAGCACCACUGAAAUGGAGCUUGGCAGAGUCCGCCCUAGGUCCACAUACCGACGGAAGUUACCUCGUUAUUUUAGAAAAGGGCGGUCUGACUGUGAGGGGGGCAGCGGGGGAGGUUCAGCUGAAAGUGGCGCCACAUCUAGUCAAAGUAAAACGCCAUUGACAAAACCUUCUAAAUUUAGACGGCGACUCUCACGUUCUGAUUCCACUGAUGCGGGACUUAGAAAACGCAAAAAAGAACCUGUAAAAGAUACAGGACCACAAGAUGAACCUCAAAUUAAAGAUAAGUCUCUGUUAAAAGCCAAAGUGAAGGAUUCAGAUGACGAAGACUAUAUGUCUUGGAAAAAACCUGAUGACACAGCGCCUAUAGUGACUUUUACUCCACCUCCAGAAGAUUCGACGCCGCGAACCACAUUUCGCUAUAAACCUAAUAUUUUAACCAAAAAAUAUCUAGAAAUAUUCAAUGUACGCCAAAAUUUGAAUAGACCGCUGUUCGCGGAUGGGGACGACGGUUUUGAAAGCCUUAACGGUUACAUCUCAAAUGGUAGUGAUGGUGAAAAUCGUAAUAAAGAACCGGCAAAUAAGAAUAAAGAUGUAGUAAAAGAUAAAGAUACAGAAGAAAUACAAACCACUUCGAAGCAGCCCGUUGAAAAAGAAUAUGAAAGAAAUGUUCAAUUCGAGGGAAUUAGUUCAACUACUAAGGAUAGUAAGGACGAUGAAGACAAAUCAAUAGAUCCUGAUUCUGACAGCGCUACAACGAACCCUAAUGUUUUGAAAAGACCUGGAGUUAGGUUUAGAAAAUCGUGGGCUAAAGAGACCGUUCAUCAAGAAACCAGCGAUGAUGAUUUUACCAUCAAAGGAAAGCCGAAGAAAUUAGACAAUUACCAGACUUCGUCAUCUGAUGGGGAAUGUUCAGCCUCCGCGCCUUCCAUCGCAUUGCCAUCGCACCAUACCAUGUCAGACUGGGUUGGGCAAAUCACUAACAGCGAGGAAAGUAGCUAUGGAUCGCAAUCCGAGGCUGGGCACUCUGACGUGGGCUUUCAUUACACUGCGGACAGUUCUUGGGAUCCUUUUGCUAUACUAGACCCUUCGAGUGAUACAGUGAAGUGCACGAUGUGGGAGCGCGGGUCGACGCUGCGCGCGGAGCUGUCGGCGGUGGACAUCAGCUGGUACGUGGUGGCGCGGGCGGAGCGCGCCAUGGCCGCGCACGGCGCCGCCUGGGCCGGCCUCGUCAUGGCCGCGCUCGUCGCCGUCGUCGCGCCUUUCUCUAGGCUCGUUCAGGUAGCUAUUGAGCAGGACACUCGCAGUGAAGAGGAGUUGCAGACGGUGUCACUGAUCAGCUACAUCCCGUCGCUAGUGGUGAACUACACGCAGGGCUCAGUAUACUGCGUGUUCAAUGGCGCGCUUGGAGACAAUAUAUGGGAAGUGACAUCGAGUAUCCUCUCGAGCAUUCUCCGGUUCGCUCUCAGCGGCCUGGUGUUCUUCCUGCUGGCGGUGGCGGAGCGCGCCUACAAGCAGAGGUUCCUUUACGCCAAACUAUUCUCACAUCUAACCUCGGCUAGACGCGCCAGGAAAUCUGAAUUGCCACACUUUAGACUGAACACAGUCAGAAAUAUCAAGACUUGGUUAUCUACUAGGUCGUAUUUACGGAGGAGAGGUCCCCAGCGGUCCGUGGACGUGAUCGUGUCGGCGGCGUUCAUGCUCACCCUCACGCUGCUGGCGUGCGUCAGCGCGCAGCUGUUGCGGGAUUCAGUAACACUAGAAAGGGGAUGGUUGCUGGAAGCGAUGGUGUGGAGUUGUUGCCUGGGCAUAUACCUGCUGCGGCUGCUCACGCUGGGCAGCAACGUCAACAGGAAGUACCGCGGGUGUCUCUCCGCCAUCAUCACUGAGCAGAUAAACUUGCACCUGGCGAUAGAACAGCGGCCCGAGAGAAAGGAACAGCUCACUGUGGCUAAUAAUGUGCUCAAACUUGCUGCUGAUUUGCUAAAGGAGCUGGAUUCGCCAUUUAAAAUAUCCGGCAUAUGUGCCAACCAUUAUCUCUACACGAUUACUAAAGUAGUGAUCCUCUCAGCGCUCUCCGGUGUGCUGUCGGAAAUGUUAGGGUUCAAACUGAAACUACAUAAAAUUAAAAUUAAA